AUGGCGGACUCAUUGGUACUCCGCGGCACGAUGAGGUCCCACACCGAUUGGGUCACCGUCAUCGUCACUCCAAUCGACAACUCUGACAUGAUUGACACCUCUUCUCGUGACAAAUUACUGAAUCACAAAUACGACCCCUUAUUGGAGAUGAGAAGCUUCAAGGCUGUAAAGAUUAUGUCGUCGUCAUACCCGAAAACUCCCAGGUAUGCUAUACAGACGCGUGGUAAUGUAUAUAUGGCUUUCAACAACAAGGUCUUUCAGGAUGCCAGCAUGGCUGUCCCAUUGCUCUUACCUGUUCUUUUACCAAUGGCUCAAAUAUCUUUCUUCCUCAAGCUUCAAUAA